CCAGUCCCUUGCUGAGCGUUGGACAAUCAGGCACGAAGAGUCAUCGACAUUCAUCAAGGUGUUCUGUGAUCAGGCGUUAAGUCGUAAUUGACAACCAGGAGUGGCAAAAUGGUGGCUGGAAUGCUGAUGCCUCUGGAUGACCUGAGGUCCAUCUAUGAGGUCCUCUUCCGGGACGGCGUCAUGGUAGCCAGGAAGGACAGGCGUCCCCAGUGUAUGCACCCCGACGUCCCAGGUGUAUCCAACCUCAAGGUGAUCCGAGCGAUGGGUUCCUUGAAGUCCGGAGCCUUUGUCAGGGAGACCUUUGCCUGGCAACACAGCUACUGGUACAUUACCAAUGAAGGCAUCGCUCAUAUGCGAGAGUUCCUGCACCUUCCGUCAGAGAUCGUCCCUUCUACCUUGCACAGGGUCCGGUCCACGGCAUCAACCCUGAACCUAACCCGUCGGGCAGCCCAUGUGCAGACAAUUAAGGGUCCCACCUCUUUCAUCCCCAAACCAAGAGUCAAAGAAGAGCAGGAAGAUCUAGUGGAUCGGCAGGGGUACCGAUACAAGAAAAGAAUCCCUAGCGAACAGGAGGGCCAGCCUGAGAAGAUUGCUAUGAGCUUUAGAGGCUCCUACACACCCAGCAAUGUGGUCACCAGACCUGCGCAUUCAGCAACCAGGGAGACCAAACAAGAGUCACCUAUCAUUAGGAAACAACAGCAGCAGUCAGAAACCUCCAGGCACAUUACAUUUGAAGAACAGAAGAUUUCAGCUGCUGCAAAGCCUGGUUCCUGGAAAACAAACAGAAAUAUCAAAGCAUCUCAUUCAGUAGUUGCUCCAACUGAGGAGGCCAUUGCAAGUCCAUGCGAAACAGUAAAGAUGAACAUGCCUGCUCCACCUGUGGAGGCGGUAAAAGAAGAGCCAUUUAAUGCCCAAACUGAGGCUCCACAGCCAGUGAGUGAGACAGUAGCAGUUGAGUUAGUUCAAGAGGACGUGAAAAUCCCCAAUGAUCAGGAACCUACAGAUAUAUGGGAUGAAGAGAAUGAAUCAAAAGACUUGGUGGCACUGGUUGAAGAAGGGGCAAGUCAGCAGGAGGUACAGGAGUCUAAAGAACUUACCACACAAACAGAACAAGAAGAAACCAUUGAAGUAGAGCAAGAUGCUCCAGAAAUAUAUACCGAUGGAGAUGUUCCACUGACAGUCUCUCAAAUUGUUAAUGAACAAAAUGCUAGUCAGGUGGUCCAAGAAUCACUGCAGCAGAUAUUUGAGCCCAAAGAACAAACAAAACAAAUAGAGACCAUGGUGGUUGAGGAGCCGCUUGAAUGUGUGAUGAUGGAUGUUUCAGAUGCCUCCUCUACUUCGUCCGUUAUCUAUCAUGAGCCUGAAGCUGAUGAGCUGGUCGAAGAGGUGACAAAGGAUCUGCAGGAGUUGCUGGUGGCUGAAGAUGCUGAAGUAUUUAGGCAAACAACACAUGCAGAUACCAAGAUGGUUGUAGAGGAAACCAUUGAUGCAGAAUGUGCAGUGAUGGCUGAGAAUGUUCCACAAGUAUCUGUUGCAGAUGAUUCACUGAUUGUGCUCCAAAUCCAUGAUGAACCCAAAGGUGAUGGGCAGGUUAAUGAAGAGGCUGGUCUGCAGCAGGUACAUGAAUUUACAGUUCCCCACAUCCAGACUGAGCAUUUACCUGAACUUGUUGUCCUAGAACCACCAGUGCAGGCGAGUACAAGUACGUCAGCCAUAACUUCAGUUGCCUUGGAAGAUGCGCUGUCACUCACUACUGUUAAAUCCUUGGAGACAGUCUCUGAUGGCACGCUCCACCCUCACGUUUCUCCCAUGACUGAUGCCUGCGUGGAUCUCUCUGAGUUUGAGGUGCUAGACACUGACAUCUCACAUGCUGAUGUAAAUGUCAGCCCUUCACCAGAGGACUGCUGAAUUGUAUUGGACAAAAUCUGAUCCAAACCAGUAUUGCUCGUUUUAGUAUGCAAGAUGUCAAAAAGAGGAUAAAACAAGCAGUAAGGAAUUCUAGUGGACAACUUGCAAUCUAACUGCAAUGCAUGGAAGCAUGCUAACUCUUGUUUGUGGUGAUACAGUAGCAGAUGUAGGAGAUUAUUUUACAUUUGCGCAGGGUGGUUUGAUCAGGACCACAGGACUGCAAACAGUAGCUUAGGUGUUUUUAUCUGAAUGCAUGAUAAUGCAAUGAAAAUGAAUGGGAAGAUGCCUCAAAAAGUGAAAAAUUGUUACAUGUUGUCAUUUUGGACUCGUUCAAAUGCAUCUGAUCUUCCAAAUAGUUGAGACAUUGUCUGACAAUAAAGUAUUAUCAAUCAAUCAGUGAAUAUUAUCAGACUAAAAUGCAACUUCAUUCCACAAUGUCUGUCCUGACCCCAGUUAAAGAAAAAAUUGUGAUCAAGCUCAUUUCCACUAACCUCUAAAAAUGGUAUGAAAACGUAGCCUACGUACUUAAUGUCAUGCACAUUGUAGAAUAUUUAUCUUCGCAUUUAUAUGUUCUUUGUUUCUAUGGAUACAAUUGUAACUCAUUGUGUUUCCCCUGUGUUGAACCAGUGAUCCUGGUCCCAUUCAGACCUAUUACCCAAUGAUCU